ACAUGGAGAGAAUUGAACCCCUUCAUACCACAGAGAAAGGGGACCUCCAGAAAUGUCACAUUUUCUACAAAAGGCAGUUUUCCUUUUUUUUAUUUAGAAUAGAAUUCUGUUUUUUAAAUGAUUAUAUUCUUUCUCAAAGACCAUUUAAAAUACAUAAAAGUAAAAUGUUUAUACAAAAAUAAGAUGUUUAUAUAAACAUAGAUGAUUAAUUCCCUUGAAUUUGUGUUUUUUUGAUAGUUUCUUUUUUCAUUCCAUUCCUCCCUUACUUCCAUUUAUUUAUAAUACACACACACACACACACACACACACACACACACACACACACAUACACACGCACACACACACACACCAUUUGUGCACAGAGAAGGACAUUGAACGUCCUGCUCUUUCACACUGAAACAUUCCCUUGAGACAGGAUUUCUCACUGAAAUUGAAGCUCACCAUUUUGCCUAGGUUAGCUGACCAGUGAGCUCCUAGGAUCUACUUGCUUCUGCUCUCCAAACCUGAAGCUACAGCAUAUGAAACUAUGCCUUGCUUUUACAUGGAUUUGAACUCAGGUCUCCAUAAUUGCACAGUGGUGUCUUCUGCCGCAGUGUGAGUCCUCGCCACUAGAUGGCUCUCCUAGCUUAACCUCAGACAUUGGCAAGUUCUGCCGUCACACUGAGGCUUGCAGAAAGAAACCAGAGAGAUGUGAAAACCCACGUUUUAAUCUUGACCACAUCUCCUCCAGAUGUUUGUCCUCCUUGGGAGAAGCAAAGCCACGAUGCCAGAGAAAGGCUCCCACAGGUGCAUCAGGCUUGUUUUGUUCAAGGAGACUCUAGGGAAUGGCUCCUUUAUUCCCUGUGUUAAUCUCUAAUUCAGCAAAUUUUCGAAGUCUUGUUUAUUUGACUUUGCUGUGUCGUGUUGGAGGUGGGGGCGUCGGGUGGAGGAUGUGUCUUCCUGAGAAGGGCCCAGUGCCUCUAGAGUGUUCAUGCUUCAAGUGGGUUUCUCGUAAGCUGCAGCAGGAUGAAGUUGACACAACAGCAGUUUAAACCUUAUGCUCACAGUGAGGUCACGGGAACUCUGUGCCGACACGCGGAGUGUGCUAUUGUGUGACCUCUGGAGGACAUUCUGAGCUUGCAGAGCCUGUCUGUUGGGGGUUGUGUGAUUCCCAAUCUAAAGACAGACAGGAGGACGGGGAAGGUGGUCCAGUUGGUAAAGUGCUUGUUGGACAGCGUUGAGGACCUGUUCGGAUCCCCAGCAUCUGCAUCAGAAGCCAAUACCCCUCUGUAACUCCAGUGUUCAGGAGGCAGACACAGAAGGAGUCCCAGAGCCCAGUGGCCAUCCAGUGAGCUCUAGGCUCAAGGAGAGACCUGAUAUAAACAAACAAGGUGGAGAGCAAAUGAUGAAGUCACCCAAUAUUUGACCUCUGACCUUCACAUCCAUGCACACAUGAGAUCAUAUGCAUAUCAUAUACACAAAUGUACUCUCGCACAUGCAGGCACACACACACACACACACACACACAGAAUGAGGGAGGAAAUGAUUCAUUUACUCUAGUUCCCAACUCUCUUCCCAGAACUAACUGCAGCACACGAACCCUGACUAAUUCUGAAUGGAGCGGUAGAUGGACAGCUUGCCUAGCUCUGCCAAAUGUACCCAGGACUCUGGAUUUGCUGAAUGAGAUGACAAAUGGAUUCCAUCAACUGUGCAUGGCUCUCCAGCUUGGUACAGAAGGCUCAGAAGCACCUGUGUUUACCCUUGCCUUUGCCUUUUGUUGUUCAGCAUGGGCCGGAUGUUUCUGCUUGCCUUCCUUGUCUUUGGGAAACAGCCGUGUGCGGGUUAACAGAGUGGACUUUAGGGUCAGGCUGUGAUGGCUUCCUGGUUUCUCAUUUACUCAACCACUCUAUACCUCAACUUCCUCAUCUGUAAAAUGGGAGUAGCAGAGGGAACUGGCAGCAUGGAAGCGGCUCAGAACAAUAUUUGGUGUACAGCAUAUAGGGGUGUGUCCUGGUGUUUGCAGGCAGAGGCAGUAACCUGGCCUGAGCUGCUGAGACAUCAGAGGACCUGAGACUACCAGGACUGCCCCUGGUGCCAUCAGUGCUCACUGCCACCCCUCAACAGUGCCAGUGGUUGGGGAGCACAGGGGAAAGGCUCAGCUGUGCUGGGAAGACAGGAGGCCCAGUACACAGCUUCCUGGGUGGCUAGACACAGGGUGUCUAUAUUCAAUCCAAAGGGCAAGAAGCAUCUACUGGAGAUGAGAGUUGGAUUGCUGUGGUUCAUCCCUCUUUUCGCUCUAACCGAGGGCACCAACGGCUUCCUGCAGCAGAAAAAUGAUGACAACAAAACCAAAGGAGCUAUCAGUGUGGUUGAGAAAAGGCAUCCAGUCCAGAAGUAUGAGGUGCUGCUUCAGAUGACAUACAGGGAUCCUGAGGAGAAGAAAGAACUGAAAAGAUUUCUGAAGCAUUUGAAAUCUCCAUCACCAUGCUUACACGGGCCCAGCAAGAUCAUCAGAGUGAAGGCCACCACAUACUGCGGAAACCUGAAGGGGCUCCUGGAGUGUGCCUGUGAAGACAGCUAUAUGUGGUUUCCUCCCUCCUGCCUGGAUCCCCAGAAUUGCUACUUUCACACAACUGGGCACCUCCCAAGCUGUAAUUGCCCUCUCAAAGACCUCAGCCAGAGUGUUAAUUUCUGUGAGAGAGCAAAGGUUUGGGGCACUUUUGAAAUUAAUGAAAAAUUUACCAAAGACCUUUGGAAUUCAUCUUCUGUUGUAUACACCAACUACACAACUGAAAUUGAAAAUCAACUUAAAGAAGCAUACAGAGGAAUCCAUGGUUUUGAGUCAGUUCAGGUCAUCCAGUUUCGACAAGGAAGCAUCAUUGUUGGCUAUGAAGUGAUCGGCUCCAGUGACACAGCUGAGCUCCUGUUUCACAUUGAACAGGUGACUGAAAAGGCACUGGUGCUCCUGAAAAGGCGGUUCUCAGUUAAAGAAGGCUCUCUUCGAGUGUUCGGGAAAGCCCAGUGUAACAGCAUCUCCUUUGGAUUCGGGUCUGAGAAUGAUGAAUAUACACUACCCUGUAGCAGUGGCUUCACUGGAAACAUCACCGUCAGGUGCCAGCACUCUGGAUGGCAGAUCACCAAGGAGUCCUGUGUGCUCUCUCAGCUGGCAGAACUGAAUAAGAAUCUCAGUAUGAUUGCAGGCAACAUCACAGAGGAUGAUGUGUCAUCUUUGGUUCACAAUCUUUCGACCAUCAUUCAGCAAAGCUCGUCCACCACGGUUGGGACACUGGCUUCAGUGGUGUCACUUCUGAGCAACAUUGCAUCCCUGUCACUGGCAAAUGCUUUGACGGUGUCUAAUUUGACACUGGAGAAUGUCAUCAACAUAGCUGAUCAUAUUCUGAACUCAUCCUCCAUAACUAACUGGACAAUUUUAUUACAAGAAGAAAAUAAUACCAGCUCUCAGCUGCUAGAGACUUUGGAAAAUAUCAGCACUCUAAUACCUUCCACUGUUCUGCCUCUUAAUUUUUCUCGAAAAUUCAUUGACUGGAGAGGGAUUCCAGUGACCCAAAUCCAAAGCACACAGGGUUACAACUAUCAGAUUGAAAUGACACAAGAAAAUGCCUCUCAGCCCAUCCGAGGCCAUGUGCUUAUUGAACCAGAUCAAUUCCAGAAAUCCCAUCCAAAGACUGUUAUCAGCAUGGCCUCACUGACCUUUGGGAACAUUCUACCCAUCACCCACAGAGGAAAGGCACGCAUCAAUGGGCCUGUGAUAUCCACACUUAUCCAAAACCAUUCCAUCGAUGAAAUUUUCCUGAACUUUUCCAAGAUAAAGGGAAACUUGAGCCAGCCUCAUUGUGUGUUCUGGGAUUUCAAUCACCUGCAAUGGAGCAAUGCAGGCUGCCAACUAGUUAAUGAAACUCCAGACACAGUACUGUGCCGGUGUACUCACCUGACCUCUUUCUCCAUGCUCAUGUCCCCCUUUGUUCCCUCUUCAAUUGUCCCUGUGGUGAAAUGGAUUACAUACAUAGGACUGGGCAUCUCCAUUGCAAGUCUAAUCUUAUGCCUGAUCAUUGAGUUUCUGUUUUGGAAGCAAACCAAGAAAAACCAAACCUCAUACACACGCCAUGUUUGCCUGGUGAACAUCGCCCUGUCUCUCUUAAUUGCUGAUGUGUGGUUUAUCAUUGCUGCCACUGUGGACACCACUGUCAGCCCUUCCGGAGUCUGUGUAGCUGCAGUGUUCUUCACCCACUUCUUCUACCUUGCUUUGUUCUUCUGGAUGCUUGUGCUUGGCAUCCUCCUGGCUUAUCGAAUCGUCCUCGUGUUCCAUCACAUGGCUGUGCCUACCAUGAUGGCUACUGGGUUCUGCCUGGGCUACGGCUGCCCUCUCCUUAUAUCCGUCAUCACCAUUGCAGUCACCCAACCUAACAACAGCUACAAAAGGAACAACGUGUGUUGGCUUAACUGGUCUGAUGAGAGCAAACCUCUCUUGGCAUUUGUUGUUCCUGCAUUGACUAUUGUGGCUGUGAACUUGGCUGUGGUGCUGCUGGUCCUUAGGAAGCUCUGGAGGCCAGCAGUUGGCGACAGGCUGAGUCGGGAUGACAAGGCCACUGCCAUCCGUAUGGGAAAGAGCCUCCUCAUUCUGACCCCACUGCUGGGGCUCACCUGGGGCUUCGGCAUAGGAACAAUGGUGGACAGCCAGAAUCUGGCUUGGCACGUUCUUUUUGCUUUACUCAAUGCUUUCCAGGGAUUUUUCAUCUUCUGUUUUGGAAUUCUCUUGGAUAAUAAGCUGCGGCAACUUCUUUGCAACAAGUUGACUCCUUUGAGCUCCUGGAAGCAAACAGCAAAGCAAAACUCCUCAAAUAUAGUUACCAAGCCUAAAGGCUUAAAGCCUUUCAACGUACUACAACACAAAGGCAUGUAUGCACUCUCUCAUACUGGAGAUUCGUCCAAUGAGAUCACAUUAACCCAGUUUUUGUCAACGGAAUAGAGCCAUGAGUCAUAAUCAAGGACACAUUUUCUUUGAGCAUGUCCUCAGGGCCACAUGGCAGAG